AUGGCGGAAUAUACGGCGCCGUGUGGGGAAAGCUACAUCCAUUUGGAGCGUACUAUACGCGACGACGGAAUUAAGACUGUAGGGGCGUGUCUGGCGAAAAACGCGGCGGAACUCGGGGAAGGGGAGGCGCUUGUUUUUGUUACACCAGGUGCGCAAUACGAGCGUAAUGUGGUCACGUGGAGGCAACUGCACGAGAACUCGUUCAACGUCGCCAGAGCGCUUCUAAAACUCGGCCUUAGAAAGGGCGAGUGCGUAGCGAUCAAUCUCCGUAGCUGCCCGGAGUGGGUGUACCUCACUUUCGGAUGUAUGGUGGCCGGGCUACGCCCUGCUUGUCUUUCAUUCACAUACACAGACGGAAGUGACGUCGUAGCAACCAUGGAACGUCUCCAGACAUGCGCACUGCUUGUGAUGGAUCCGGGGGAGAACGGAGAGAAAUGGGGCGUCUUAGAACCGCUGUUGGACAGUCAUAGCAACGAUGCAUCAGCUAAAAGUUCACGUAUGCCCUAUCUCAGAUAUUUACUCGGCCACGAGGUCAGUACAAACAUCUUAAGUAACGUCAAGAAGUUAACUGAUUUACUUUACACCGAUUCGAGCGACAUGACGUUACCGGAAAUAAGCGAGGACGACAUAGCGCUGUUACUGCAGACAUCUGGAAGUACAGGCGUCCCAAAACUGGCGGCUCACACACACCGUUCAAUUCUCACACCGCGUUACCUCCAUCCAGAAACAAUAAUGUUCGACAGGUCGCUGAGAGUCUACUGUGACCGGCCGUUCACCUGGGUCGGGGGUUUCCCCUUCCAGGUACUCACCGGACAAACCCGCGUCACCACUUCCGGUUUCGCCUCUUCAGGCGCGGACCUAAUGGACGCCACCGUCCAGAUCAUCCAGCGUGAGCGGUGCACCCUCAUGUACGUGCUCCCGCCGUUCCUGCACGAGAUGAUUCGCCGGAAGGACAAAAUUCCCUCCGACUGGCCCCUGAGGUACAUUCUCACUGGUGGUCAACCGAUCACACGAGGUGCAGUGCAGUGUAUCGGCCCGCUGUGUGACAGUGUCGUCUGCGCAUACGGUGGGACGGAGUUCAUAAUUUGCGGCCUUGGGGUGGUCACAGAUAUAGAAAACUUCGUGGAGUUCUCUUGUGGUAAGGUCAUCACUGGACCUGGGUUUGAAUUUAAAAUCGUCGAUAAGGGCGGAAAAGUAGUUCCAAUGAACGAGAGGGGAGAAAUAUUCAUCCGCAGUCGGGUAAUAUUUAAGGAGUAUUACAACGAUCCUGAGAAAACGAAGGAAGUGUUCACAGAUAACGGCUGGUACAAAACAGACGACUUAGGGCGGAUGACGUCAGACGGCAACAUCUUUGUUGAAGGCCGGAAGUCCAACAUGAUUAUCAGCGGUGGGAUGAACGUUGCCCCGGAGAUCUUGGAGCGCGUUCUGAGGAACUGCCCGGGGGUCGGGGCAGCCGCGCUGGUUCCCGUCCCCGACCCGGUUUUCUACCAGGUUGUGUGCGCAUGCGUCAUUAAACAAGAUGGAAGUGACUUAACAGAGGAGACCCUUAGAAGGUUUUGUGAGGACUACCACAAUGACAGACCUGGUGUGUUCACUGUUUUACCGACGUUUUACAUGUUUCUGGACGAGUUUCCUCUCUUGUUGUCCGGGAAGCUUUCACGGAAAGAUCUUAAUAAGUUAGCCCAGGAACGCGUUAUGCCCGCGUUAAAAUAG